ACAAUUUCAACUACAAUUUCUGUUACUGCGAAAAGUCUGAUAGCUGUAAUAGAUGCGCUCUCAAACUCAGCAAACUAAUGAGGCAAAUGCUGCAAACGCCUGAUCUGGUAUUAUCUAAAGCUUCUGGCUUUUCGAACUCGGGAUCUAUAACUCUGGAACACAUUUUUCCAACUGAGCAGAAUUUUUCUGGUGGUCUUAAUUAUAGCCAGCCAGUUGAUAGAAGCAGGGGAAAAGCAAAAUCUGAGGACUCUACCACAUUUAGCAAGAUUCAUGUUUGGUCCAGCGAUUUUCCUCACAAUGAGCAAACUAUUGAACUGGACGAACGCUACUUUUGUGCGCCAAGCCCUGGGCUGGAUAGAAGGCAAGCAAGCUGCCACUUUUUGGAACCGGAGUGCCACUAUUUCUUAUCAUCCAACGAGGAACUUGAAAGCAACAAGAAUUUCAAGUUCAAUGUAUCUACUUGUACAUCUAAUCCAACGCCUGAAUUCAUUGUCCAUGGACAGAUGAGUCACGCGAGGGGAAAUUCUGAAGAUAUAAAAGCUCAUGCUUAUCGUGAUCAUGGACUUACUAUUUGCCAAAGUGCAACGUACAUCUGCAAUCAUUUUGGGGAGUCCACAUCGCACAGGACCCAUCUGGUUCCCGAUUCGACACCAAACGUUAUCCGCUCUCCACCUUGUGAGUGUUGUUCCACGCAGUGUGGUCCACCGGAUCAGCUAUGUACUCAGCCAGUGCUACUCAAAUCAAGCCACCAUAAUCUGUGGGAUCCGUUCCAACUGAAAAUAGUCAAUGCAGACGAGGGGAUUUCUUCUUCGGUUGAGGGGACACAGCAUCGAAAUACUGUGAGGAUUCACUUGCCGCUGGACACCGUCAGCGUCCCGCAAAAGCCCCCCUAUCAUCUUCGUUAUUCCUCCUUCGUUUCUUGCACUCCAAUUAAAGACACUGCUCAGUUUAUCAGCCGUCAGAAUCAAAACGAAGUGCAGUCCACAGGAAAGGUUCAAGAUACCUUUAACACCCUCGGUCCUGAGGAAUGUCAACGGAAACCAAAUACAUCCUAUUAUUCAGAACAACACAGGAAUAUGCUGCACUCCAUGAGCUUCACAUCUACAUCUGCAAACAACUAUUUUUGGCAGUACAACUCUCAGUGCAAAGGACCAAAGGCUGUCAGACUGAUUGAUUUAGAUAAUCCUGUGUCCAGUAUCAAACAAGGACCUGAUGAACCCGAUAGCACUGCGGACUGUCCAAAUGGAACCGAUUUCAAUGACCUCAGAGGUCCCUGUGCAGUGGAUUUGAGGACACUGUACCUGCCAUGUUGUGACCGCGUUUGCUAUACUUCUCACCCAACCAGGUAUUCGCACAUGGCGUACCCAGAAUAUCCUUUCGUGACGUUUGAAGAUCCAGUUCAACGACGAUAUGAUUUGGUUCAUUGUUCAAAACUACGUCGCGGUGACGGAAACGAUGUAACACCAAAUCUAUCCAGGUUGAGGGCAAUGGGGGAAGAACUGGAUUAUCUUAAUCAGAAACUGGCUGAACAUGGGGAGCUAAUAAUGGCUGGAUCAUCUGGAACGUCUCUAUUGUCUUCCUUUUACUCCAACAAGACGGAUAAACUGGACAUGAUGCACAUAACGUCUUCACCGGAAUGUCAGCAGAUAGAAAAGGCCAAACGGGAGAAGAAUAAACUGGCGAGCAAAAUAUGCAGGCUGAAGAAGAAGGCGUUUCAUGAAGCAAACAAAAUCAAGUACACCGCACUGGGGAUGGAGUAUGAUGAACUUAUCAUUGUGAUUACUCAACUCAAGCGGCUGAUCCGAGAACACUUGCGACAGAAGGCUUCCGACAAUCCAAGUACUCCAUCUUGCAGUGGCUAUCCGGUGAGUAAAGGUAUAUUAGUCAAUGGAUACCAACCCAGAGUGUCUGAAGUAUAUCCCAAGGAAACAAUGAAUGAUUAUCAAUGUCAAUUCACUGCACCCAUGAGUGUUGCCGCUGGUCCAACGGAGUGUGCUCGGUCCUCUCUACUUAACACGGCGAUCCAAAUCUGGGAAAAAACAAACGGUCAUAAACACUGGAUUUUACACCACCCAUUUCAGUCACCCGCGCCGCGGGCAGGACAGAUGCGCUCGUCGAGGAGGUGCUUCGAUUAUCUCGGUUGGGGAUGACACAUCACCCGCUAGUUCGAGGAAUGACGGUUGAUUUAUUCAAUCGGUUCGAAAUGACGUCAGAGGCAGCGAGCUCGACGCAACCUAUGGAAGCAGAUUUAAAAAUGAAGACAGAAGGCAGAUGUUCAACAUUCGUGGCACAGAGUCCGAAUUACCAGAAGCAAUAUGAAUUCCUACAACCCCCGAAAUUCAUUAUUCCUUAUCAACAUAAUUAUCACGAAGAGCAAGUCAAGCAUAUGUUCUGAACCGCAGUUGGACGCACAAGCUAUUCCUUCGUUGAUUCAGUCGCGAUGGUCUGUGUACAACGAAAGUCACAUGAACAGAUAAAUCAUUCCUCAAACCUGUGAAUCUACCGAAAGAUUUCCAUUUUAUAAUCGCUUUGGUAAAUCAACUCGGGUUGCUUCUAAAAAAAAGUCAAAGUAAUUCA